AUGUCUCUUCUCUCCCCCGACAUUCACGCCGAGAUCACUCAACUGCUUCAGGCCCUCCAGUCCGCAGACAAUGGAAUUCGCUCCCAGGCCGAGGAACACCUCCAGAACAGCUGGACCAGCGCCAGGCCAGAGGUAUUGUUGAUGGGCCUCGCUGAACAGAUUCAAGGAGCGGGAGAUAACGCUAUCCGCUCAUUUGCGGCUGUUAUAUUCCGACGAAUUGCAUCCAAGACCAGAAAAACGGAAACUGGCGACAACAUGGACAUGUUUUACUCCUUGUCCAAGGAUCACGCCGCAGUCAUUCGCCAGAAGCUUCUUGAAACACUUGCCGCAGAAGCCGACCGCAUGGUUCGCAACAAAAUCAGCGACGCUGUUGCCGAGCUUGCACGCCAAUACUCAGACAACAAUGAUACUUGGCCGGAGCUUCUCGGCGUUCUUUUCCAACUGAGCCAAGCCCCGGAAGCUGAGAAACGAGAAAACGCGUUUCGUGUCUUCACGACAACCCCAAGCGUGAUCCAAAGACAGCAUGAGGAGACAGUCCUUCAAGCCUUCCAAAAGGGGCUGAAGGACGAGGCCAUCAUGGUUCGCUUGGCCGCCAUGGAAGCAUUUGCAGCCUUUUUCCGAAUCCUGCCCAAAAAGACACAGAUGAAAUACUUCUCGUUGAUUGCAGACGUCCUCAACGUCCUCCCCCCAAUCAAAGAAUCCAAAGAUUCGGAAGACCUCAGCAAAGCCCUCCUGUCUCUCAUCGAUCUAGCCGAGUCAGCACCCAAAAUGUUCAAGCAACUUUUUCACAGCCUCGUCCAGUUCAACAUAUCCGCCAUCCAGGAUAAAGAGCUUGACAACAUCUGCAGGCAGAACGCCCUCGAGCUCAUGGCUACCUUUGCGGAUUACGCACCCUCAAUGUGCAGGAAGGACGCUUCAUACACGACGGAUAUGAUCACUCAAUGCCUGAGCCUGAUGACUGACUUGGGAGAGGACGAUGAUGAUGCUGCUGAAUGGCUUGCUUCUGAUGAUCUGGAACAAGACGAGAGCGAUCAGAAUCAUGUUGCCGGAGAGCAGACCAUGGACCGACUUGCCAAUAAGCUCGGUGGACAGACCAUCCUGGCGCCUACUUUCAACUGGCUACCCCGCAUGAUGACUUCAAUGGCGUGGCGAGACCGCCAUGCUGCACUGAUGGCCAUCUCGGCAAUAUCGGAGGGAUGCAGAGAGUUGAUGAUCGGAGAGCUUAGUCAAGUGCUCGACUUGGUUCUUCCGGCCUUACAGAAUCCUCAUCCUCGUGUGCGUUGGGCUGGUUGCAAUGCUAUUGGCCAGAUGAGUACCGAUUUUGCACCCAAGAUGCAGACCGAUUUCUACGACCGGGUACUCAAGGCUAUAAUUCCGGUCCUCAACUCACCCGAAGCCCGCGUCAAGUCUCACGCGGCAGCGGCAUUAGUCAACUUUUGCGAGGAGGCCGAAAAGACGGUCCUCGAGCCGUAUCUGGACGAGCUCCUGUCCCAUCUCUUCCAGCUGCUUCAAAGCGACAAGCGAUAUGUCCAGGAGCAAGCUUUGUCCACUAUUGCGACCAUUGCCGACGCUGCCGAGGCAGCUUUUUCAAAGUAUUACGACACCUUGAUGCCCCUUCUCGUGGAAGUCCUGCAAAAGCAAAACGAGAAGGAGUACCGUCUCCUUCGUGCCAAGGCCAUGGAGUGUGCCACCCUCAUUGCUCUGGCUGUCGGGCGUGAAAGGCUCGGCCCUGAUGCCAUGACACUAGUCGACCUUCUUGCCAACGUUCAGACCGGCAUUACUGAUGCCGAUGACCCGCAGGCGCAGUAUCUGAUGCACUGCUGGGGUCGAAUGUGUCGUGUGCUGGAACUGGACUUUCUCCCGUUUUUGGACAGUGUCAUGCCCCCGCUGCUCGAACUUGCCAUGGCCAAGGCUGACAUACAGUUGUUGGACGAUGACGAGCAGGCCGAACAGAUGAACGGCGAGGAUGGCUGGGAGUUUGUUCCGCUCAAAGGCAAGAUGAUCGGCAUCCGGACAAGCACAAUGGACGACAAGCACAUGGCCAUUGAGCUUCUAGUUGUCUACGCCCAGGUACUGGAGGGCGCGUUUGCUCCGUAUGUUGCCAACAUCAUGGAGAAGAUUGCACUGCCUGGCCUUGCCUUCUUCUUCCACGAUCCGGUCAGGUACAUCUCGUCGAAACUAGUCCCUCAACUUCUGAGCUCGUACAAGAAGGCAUACGGCUGUCCGUCAAACGAGCUAGCAGGACUUUGGACUGCGACGGUAGACAAGUUGCUAGAAGUCCUUUCUGCCGAGCCAUCGAUCGAAACCUUGGCCGAGAUGUACCAAUGCUUCUACGAGUCUGUUCAGGUGGUCGGCAAGGAUUGCAUGACAGCCGAGCACAUGAACCGCUUCAUUGACUCGGUUCACUCUACGUUGGAGGACUACAACGAUAGGGUUGCCAAGCGAGCCGAAGAUCGGGAGGGUGCCACAGCCGACGACGUUGAGGACGAAGCUGAGGAGAUGCUUCUUGCGAUUGAAGAUGACCAAACUCUUUUAUCGGACAUGAACAAGGCCUUUCAUUCCAUGUUCAAAAACCAUGGCGCUGCGUUUCUACCAGCCUGGGAACGACUGAUGCCGACGUAUAAAAAUUUCCUUGUCUCUUCGGAUCCGACCCAGAGACAGUGGGGCCUGUGCAUUGUCGACGACGUCCUCGAGUAUUGCGGGCCAGACAGCAGCCGAUAUGCUAACUACAUCACUCAGCCUCUCAUUGAUGGCUGCCGCGAUCAAUCGCCAGCUAUCCGACAAGCCGCUGCCUAUGGCAUCGGUGUGGCAGCGCAUCGCGGCGGAGCGGCCUGGACCCAAUUCCUGGGGAACGCGGUCCCUUUCCUGUUCCAAAUGACGCAGAUGCCUGAUGCACGAAGCGAAGACAACGUUUACGCCACCGAGAACGCCUGUGCCGCCAUCGCCAAGAUCUUGCACUACAACGCUGGCAGCAUUGGUGAUGCACAGGCUGCCAUGUCACAGUGGGUAGACACGCUACCAAUUACAAACGACGAAGAAGCAGCGCCAUAUGCAUAUGCGUACCUGGCUGAGCUUAUUGACCAGCGGCACCCAGUGGUUAUGAAUCAGCCGGCGAAGAUAUUUGUCUUCAUCGCGCAGGCUCUUGAAGCAGAGUCGCUUCAGGGUCAGACAGCUAGCCGAGUGGCGGCGGCGACGAAGACUCUGCUAGCGACAGCCAACGUGGACCCGAUGCCUCUUCUCCAGCAGUUCUCACCGGACGCGCAGCGAACGAUUAUGGGACAUUUCGGCUAG